UCUUUCGCUUUCCGUAGAUGUUUUUUUUCUGUCUUCUUUGACAGUAUGGCUGCCAUCAGGAGUGCAGUGACUCCCGGCGUUUUAGGACGUUGUUUAUUAAGACAGACGGGGAAACCGAGCCGGGGCAGCUAUCCACUGACUGGCAUCCAGGAUCACCGGUUGCUCCUCAGGUCCCGGUUGCACACAGUGGUGGGAUGUAGCAGUCCUGCAGCCAGGUCCCAGCUGAGCCGAAGACACCAGGGGAGGCUCCUCUGGGACGCCAUCAGACACAGCAGCUCACAGAUUCCACCUGAUGACGGGUUUAUGGCGGCGCCGAGUAUCGAAGCCUCCAGCAGUCCAGCCGUGUCUCCGCCCACCGGCCCGGUCAUCCCACAGACGGUACCUGAACAGAUCGACGCAGCAGCGUCCAGCAGCAGCUCUGCUCCGUCUCUGCUCCUGGAAGCUCCUCCCACUCCCGCCGACCCUAUAAUAUUGCAGUCGGCUGCGGGCGACGCGGCCCCCACUGCAGUGGACCUCCUGCAGGCGCUGUCGGCAGAACCUCGGCUGGCAGAGCUGGGCUUGGCCGGUCACACCCCCGUGGGUCUCAUCCAGAACCUGUUAGAGUUCUUUCACAUGGAUCUGGGUCUGCCGUGGUGGGGCGCUAUCGUCGUCGGAACCGUGCUGGCCCGUCUGGCCGUGUUUCCCGUCAUCGUGAAGGGUCAGAGGGAAGCGGCCAAGCUGAACAACGUGCUCCCGGACAUCACCAAACUCACCAACAAAAUGAACGAGGCCAAGCAGAGCGGGAACAAGUUUGAAUUUGCCAAAGCGUACUCGGAACUGAACAUGUUCCAGAAGAAGCAUGACGUGAACCCUCUGCGCGGCUUCCUGGUUCCUCUGGUCCAGGCCCCCGUCUUCAUCUCCUUCUUCAUCGCUCUGAGGAAGAUGGCGUAUCUGCCGGUUCCCAGCCUGCAGACCGGAGGAAUGCUCUGGUUUACCGACCUGACGGCAGCCGAUCCGUUCUACAUUCUGCCCAUCGCUGUGACCGGGACCAUGUUCUUCAUCCUCGAACUUGGUGCAGAGUCCGGCAUUGACAACCCCAACCUGCGAGCCAUGAAGACGGUUUUCAGGAUCAUGCCGUUGAUCAUCCUCCCCCUCACCAUCAACUUCCCUACAGCGGUGUUCACCUACUGGCUGACCUCUAACCUCUUCUCACUCGGUCAAGUGGCUUUGCUCAGACAUCCCGCUGUCAGGAGGAAGUUCAAUAUCCCGGAAAAGAUCCAGCACCCGGCCUCCGCUCUGCCCCAGAACGAUGGGCUGAUCCAAAGCAUGAAGAAGGGUUGGAAGAACGCUCAGCUGGCUCAGCAACUGGAGGAGAGAGAAAGAAGAAUAAAGAACCAUCUGGACAUCGCCGCUAAAGGUCCAUUAAGGCAGACUUUUACCCACAAUCCCCUGCAGCAGACUCCUCCCAUCGCUGCUGCCUCUUCUAAAGGCAAAUCCGCUGAUGUCAAAGCGAGGCCGUGGAAGGACACCAUCGGAUGAUCUCUGAGCUUCAUUGUGUACAUAGAUAAAGUUGGAUCGUUUUGAAGAUGGUUGUGAACGUGUAUUAUUCUAACUAAAGUACAAACUAUGCCUCAAAA